AUGGUGGCUUUGGUCUUGCUUGCCGUCCUGGGCUCGAUGGUGACCGCUGCACCGACAGCACGUCAGCCUGCCGGGCCUGCGUGCAUGUGUUACGAUGCUGCGACACAAGAGCUUUUGACAUGGAUGCGUGUCAUCUCUGACAUCAUUGGCAGCAAACCGCCAGACUCGCCACGACCGAAUGAUGAAGCGAUGCGACUUUACGCUCCGCUGCUCGUCAUCGCUUUAACUUUGGUGUCUGCACAAUCAGAGCUCACCACACUCGACGAGCGUGCUCCAACCGUUGAGCGCCGAAACUACUGCAACCGUUUGUCUGACUGUGUCGCCAUAUGCGACGAGGUCGACAUUGGACGACCCUUCUUGCCUGUCAAGAUGACAGGCAUCCUGCCCAAUAUAAUGGCGAGCAUCUAUCUCGACACGGUCCCACUGGAAGCUCUCGAUCAGCCUGGUAGCGCAGUACCGGUGCUCCGGCUAUGUUGCAAGAUCCAUGUCACCAUUGAUGUCGAAAUUGGCUUCACUCGGCGUUAUUGGAAGUUGAACGUCAUGUCAAGCAAGAUGAAGUGCGACUGGCAAAAUGACCCCGAUGCCGCAACGAGACAGGCGUGCAGUGAGAUGAUGCCACCGCGAGAUGUAGAAGCCGGUUGUGCUCUUCCGACAGACAAGUGCAAAAUCGUACAGUACAUGACCACAGACGGGCACUGCACAGACAAGCCUUCCCCCAUCGUUCAAUGA